AUGAAGAGUUUGAUUUUUAACUCUUCCCACAGCAGUAAUUCUGGUUGUAGUGAUGAUGAUACAAAGGAUGAUGAGGAUACCCAUAAAGUAAAAGAAUAUAUAGAUAAGAUACAUUUAUUAAACAAUAAUUACAAUAUAAAAAUAAAAAUAAAUGAACAGAAUGAAAAGGAGAAUUUUGUUCAUAAUUCUGAAUAUAUUAAUAUGUAUAUUAAGAAACAUGAAUUAUUUAAAAAAAAAUUAAAUGAUAUAUAUAAUUUUUUAAAGAAAAAAUCUAAUUAUAACACUUUUGAACAUAUUGAAAGGGUUUAUAAAACAGUAUCUAAUAUAAACUCUUCAUAUGAAUUUAUAUCUCUAAAAAUAAGAAUCGAAACAAUUAUUGAGCAAAUAAAAAAAAAUUUACAAAUUAAUUAUCAUGAUACUAUUAUAUAUUUAAAUGAAUUUUUACAAAUAAGAUAUAAAAUAUUUAAAUAUAAUAAUAACUCCAUUUUUUUGUUAUCCAAAAAAGAAAUAAAUCAUCAUGAGGAUACUCAAAAAAAUUUUCCUUUCUUAAAAAAUGAUGACAAAUUUUUAGAAAAUGAUAUUAUGGAUUAUAUUAAUUAUAAAAAAAGUUGUCUAUUCCAAAGCUCUUUAAAUAAAAAAAAGGAAAACCAUUCAAAUGCAUACGUACAUUUGUAUGAGAUGGACAAGGACAAAAUUAAUGAUCUCAACGGGUAUUACGAUCGUGUUAAGCGACUUAUAGAAGAUGAUAUUAUGGAAUGCGUCAAAAAAAAAGACAUAGAUAGUAUUAAGGAAAAAAUAAAUAUUUAUUUAAGUCUUUUUCAAAAAGAUAAAUUAGAAGCAGAAAGUCAUAAAAAAAGUAGAAACGACGAUGACUCGUCUGGUGAGUAUGGAAGUGUGCAGGACGAAAAUGAUGUAAACAAGAAAAAGAGUAAGGAUAAUAUUAGCCAUAUUGAUAAUAAUAUGGAUAGUGAUAAUAAUAUAGAUAGUGAUAAUAAUUUUGAUAGUGAUAAUAAUAUAGAUAGUGAUAAUAAUAUAGAUAGUGAUAAUAAUAUAGAUAGUAAUAACAAUUUUGAUAGUAAUAAUAAGGACAAAAUGAAUGAAAAACAUGAUACAGAGACUAGGAUGAAUAGACAUAUAAGUUCAAAGGAUAAUAUGAUACAUGGUGAUAAUAAUAGGAGAAGAGUUGAUACAGAUAAACAAAUAAUAUUUUUUGAAGAAUAUUUAUUUGUAUGUUAUAUUAUGAUUACAUUAGUUGAAAUAGAAGUUGAUAAAUUAUUAGACUUUUUAAAUAAAAAAAUUAUGAGUAAUGAAGAUAAUGUAUAUAUUGAAUGCAUAAAAGGUACCUACAGAUUUUUAUACAAAUAUAAUAAUUUGUUUGAAAAGUUAGUAGAUAAUAAUAAUAUUGUAUAUAUUAUAUAUAAUAGAAAGAUCCAAUUAUUAUUUAAUAAAAUUAUUGAAAAAAUAUGUAAAGAAUAUUUUUCACAAGUAAAUUUAACAAUAGAUAAUUAUGACGAAUUAAAAAAUUAUGAUAAGAAUAUAGAAAUUUUAUCAGUUUUAUGUUAUAAUUUUUUAAAUAUAAAAAAGUUUCUAUAUGAUUUGUCAAUAAACAAAAUAACAAAUAUAUAUAAAAUAUUUGAUAUAAGAAAUCAUAUAAAUACAAAUAUAUUUUCUAUAGAAAGUGGAUUAUAUAAAAAUUUAUCAUAUAUUAUUAAUAUACAGAAUUGUAUAUGUGCUUAUAUUCAUCAUGAAGUUUCAUUUUCUAAUAUGUGUAUUGAUAAAGCAUAUAUAUUAACAGAUGAUAUUAUGUUAUCUUUAAUGGAGGAUGAAAAAAAAGAAAUAAACAACAAUAAUAAUAAUAACAAUAAUAACAACAAUAAUAAUAACAACAAUAAUAAUAAUAGUAAUAAUCAUAAUAUUAUUAUUAAUAAUAAUGAUAAUAAUAAUAAUAAUAAUAAUAUGAACUAUGAAAAUGUUAUAAAUAAUAAUGAAUAUACAUCAACUAUAUUAGAAGAUGCUUUUUUUAUAUUUCAAAAGUGUGUAUGUAGAAGUAUUCAUAUGAACGAUAUUAAUACUAUUUGUGUUCUAAUAAAUAAUAUUAUGAUACAUCUAUCUACAACAUUAAAAAAUUAUUUACAUGAUAAUUUAAAAAUUAGUAAAAAUAUUUAUGCUUCUUUUAUACACGAUAUACAUAAUCUCAAAUAUUUUUCCUUUACAAAAUUGUUAAAACAUAUAGACAAAAAUAAUUAUUUCGGAGAUAACCAAACUAGCGCCACCGUUACAUUUGCUCAAAAUUUUGUUAACUCGAUUAGUUAUAUAAGUCAGGAAAAUAACGAACAUGAAAAAAAUUAUAAAAGUUAUGUAGUUGCUGAAAAUGGUGUAACAGAUAAAUGUGAUGUCACAAAUAAAUAUGAUGUCACAAAUAAAUAUGAUGUCACAAAUCAAUAUGACGUGACAAAUCAAUAUGACGUGACAAAUAAAUAUGACGUGACAAAUCAAUAUGACGUGACAAAUCAAUAUGACGUGACAAAUCAAUAUGACGUAACAAAUAAAUAUCUUGCGAGUGAUCAACAUAAUACUGUUGCACAAUAUUUUAAAAAUUAUGAAACCCCUUCUGAUGAAAUCCAAAAAACAAAAAAGGGUAUCUCUGAUGAUGCAGAUAAAAAAACGUUCAUGUCAUAUAAUAAUAUUAUUAAUAAUAAUAAAAAAAAAAAAAACUUGUAUGAUUACUUAAAACCUCAUCACUAUGAAAAUCUAUAUAAUCCUUUAUCACCACAACAAAAUAUGAUGUAUGAAAUUAUUAACUCAAAGUUUAGUUAUCCACAUUGUGUUAAUAAUAUCGACUCGUGUUAUAUAUAUAUUCAAAAAUAUAAAAUAUUUAUUACUGAUUAUUUUGCUGAACAAUUCAUCCAAAAUAAUAAAAAUCAGAAACACAUACAAAAUUAUCAACACAUGUUUAAUAAUGCCCUAGCUAAUUAUGAUAAUAUAUUAAAAGAAUAUGAAAAGUUAAAUACAGAAAAUUGUAGAAACCUAUUAAAUAUCUUAAAAAUACAUUUUAUCAAUGAAUUAAUUGUAAUCGAAAACAUCAACUUUAAUAUUACAAGCGAGCAAUAUUCAUACUAUCAAUUAAAUGACCCAUAUAUAAAUAACUUAAUAAAUAGAAUAAAAUUGGUUAUAAACCAUAUAUCAUUAUAUUUUAAUCAAAAUAUUUUGUACAUAUCUAUUAACAUGUUGGCCGAAAAGAUAUGCAAAUACAUCGAACGGAUUAUAAAAACCAAAACGUUCAGCCUCUAUGGAUGUGUACAAAUAGAUAACGACAUCAGAAAUCUGAUGCUCUUUUUUACUUCCUUAACAAAUAUCAAUGUUAAAAAAGAAUUCUCAAAACUAUUAGAAAUAUGUGAGUUACUAAAUAUAAGCGACCUACAAGACUUUAAAGAUUUCUAUGAUGAAAAUAAAAAUAAUUUGAAUUCAGCUGAAAUUGAAGGUAUUAUAUCCCUUCGAAACGAUAUUUCCGAGGACCUCUUAAAAUUGAUAAAAUCGUACAUGAACAUGAAAAUAUAA